UUCUCAAAAGAACAAUCAGAAUCUGCAAACAGUUCAAUCCUUUGACUACCAGAAACUGGAUGGAUGAGGAUCUUCAUAGACGCUCAUCACAACUCGCAAUGAACAUGACUGACAUAAAGGAAGAAGACAUCUAUGACUUUCUACCAGAGCAUUUGUCUGUAGACACGAAAGAUAGUCAUACUUGGACACCAAUUAGCAAAGAAGAACCACAUUUGUCACAUGAUUUCGAAGGAGAGAAGUCUCAUGGCAUGCAAUUUAGUGGUCAUGAGAUCACUUUUACAAUUCAGCUAUCAACCCCAUCACAACAGGGAAUAUCUUUGAAGGUGAUUAAAGAAGAAGACAUUUAUGAUUUCCUCCCAGAGCAUUUGUACAGAACAAAGGAGGAAGACAAUGAAACUGACACAUCGAAUGUGAAAGAAGAAGUUCUGGACAUGAAAAGGGAAACAGCGUCUUCUCCAAUGGAACAUAAUGCAGCCAUGGCCCCAAUAGGUGAACACCAGGCACCUCAUAAUAAUACAGACCAAUACCAGUGUCCCACAUGUGGGAAAGGAUUUGCACUAAAGGCUAAUCUCAACAAGCAUAAGAGAACCCACACUGGAGAAAGGCCUUACCAGUGUGCAACAUGUGGAAAAGGCCUUGCAUCGAAAAAGAGCCUCAUCAUCCACCAGAGAAUCCAUACAGGGGAAAGGCCUUACCAUUGUGCUACAUGUGGAAAAGGCUUUAAACAUAAAUGUGAUGUCAUUAAACAUCAGAGAAGCCAUACUGGAGAAUGGCCUUACCAGUGUGCAACAUGUGGAAAAGGUCUUGCAUCGAAAAAUAGCCUCAUCAUCCACCAGAGAAUCCAUACAGGAGAAAGGCCUUACCAGUGUGCUACAUGUGGAAAAGGCUUUAAACAUAAAUGUGAUGUCAUUAAACAUCAGAGAAGCCAUACUGGAGAAUGGCCUUACCAGUGUGCAACAUGUGGAAAAGGCCUUGCAUCGAAAAAUAGCCUCAUCAUCCACCAGAGAAUCCAUACAGGAGAAAGACCUUACCAGUGUGCUACAUGUGGAAAAGGCUUUAAACAUAAAUGUGAUGUCAUUGCCCAUCAGAGAACCCAUACUGUAGAAAGGCCUUACCAGUGUACUACAUGUGGAAAAGGCUUUAAACAGAAUUGUGAUCUCAUCACGCAUGAGAGAAUUCAUACUGGGGAAAGGCCUUACCAGUGUGCUACAUGUGGAAAAGGCUUUACACGGGCAGGAGAUCUCAACAGGCAUCAGAAAAUUCACACUGACUACAAGUAAAACUGGUGCACAAGACCUGCUUUACUUGGAAGAACAGUAACAGAACAACUGAAUGUUGAGACUAAGGAACAAGACCUGUAUUAAAGGUGCACUAUGUACCAUCUGCAUGUUGGGAUUGGGGAACAGUAUGCAUGUCGUAGAGAAGUGAUCUUUUUCGUAAAUACAGUUGUAUUUGGAUUUCAGACAUUCAACAUGAAUAUUUUUUAUUGGGAUUGGGUCACGAUUUACAAGGCAUGUUAUGUUAUGUGAUAAUGUUUUUGACCACAUUCUUAUAUUACAAAUAUAUUCUCACCUGGUCACCUGGCUAGAAUUACAAUAUAGACCAGAUAUAGCCCCAUACACAUUAGGCUGCUUUUGUCACUUCAGUAGUGGUAAUUUAGUGAACAUUACUACUACUACUUAUGCUACUACUACUAAUAGGCCUACUUUCAUUUUAUAUAGCUUUCAAAACACUCAAGGACACGUAACAUGGACACUUAACAUGGUGUGUGUGUGUGUGUGUGCGUGUGUGUGUGUGUGUGCGUGCGUGCACGUGCGUGUACGUGCGUGUGUGUGUGGGUGAUCAUGUGGUCAUGUGGAGAAUACUGAUGGGUGUAUGAACAAGGGAGUAAAAUAGAAAGGCCUAAAACACUGCACUACCAUGAUAAGUUAGAUAACUGAACACACACACACACACACACACACACACACACACACACACACACACACACACACACACACACACACACACACACACACACACACACACACACACACACACACAGAGAGAGGCUGUAAACAGUGGUUGCUAGUUUUCUAGUGUUGCUUUGUUUUGUUGAUGUGAUUUUAUUCGUAGCAUGUUACGCCUUGAUUACUUUCAAAAUACUUCAGAAAUGUAUUGUGUUUUAACUACUUUUUAAAA